GGUGGAGGGAGGGCGUUUGAAAGCCUGCCAUUGGUGAGCUUACCAAAGGCAUCUGCCAGUGGGACUUCAACGGAAUGUGAAACCAAAUCAUUUUCAAGUUAAAGAUAGACACAGUAUACAGGAUCUAGAAGCUGGAUUUUAAACUCCUAUCACUCCCUAGAAUUUCAGAGAGUUCUGUUAUGAUCUCUGUAGUAAUUAACAAUUUAGCCAAAGUUCGUUUUUCAAGUGUCUGUGCUAAGAAUUCAUGUAUGGUCUCGAUGUCCUGGAAUUAAAAGGAUUUAGGAGCUCAUGGUGUACAUACUCUAGGAUAAAUAAAAUUUACCUAUCCCUGGAUGAAGUGCUUGGGAAGCCUCUAAAUGCCAUAGUCAACUGCCAUUUCAAAGAAGAGAACAUAGAUGGUUUUGGAAAGUUCAUGCUGUUUCUUCAUUGAAUUUUAGAAUGAUUGAAGAUAGUGGGAAAAGAGGAAAUACCAUGGCAGAAAGAAGACAGCUGUUUGCAGAGAUGAGGGCUCAAGAUCUGGAUCGUAUCCGACUCUCCACCUACAGAACAGCAUGCAAGCUUAGGUUUGUUCAGAAGAAAUGCAACUUGCACCUGGUGGACAUUUGGAACGUCAUAGAAGCAUUGCGGGAAAAUGCUCUGAACAACCUGGACCCAAACAUAGAACUCAGCGUGGCCCGCUUGGAGGCUGUACUAUCCACCAUUUUCUACCAGCUCAACAAACGGAUGCCAACCACUCACCAAAUCCAGGUGGAGCAGUCCAUCAGCCUCCUGCUUAACUUCCUGCUGGCAGCCUUUGAUCCGGAAGGCCAUGGUAAAAUUUCAGUAUUUGCUGUCAAAAUGGCUUUAGCCACGUUGUGUGGAGGAAAGAUCAUGGACAAAUUAAGAUAUAUUUUCUCCAUGAUUUCUGACUCCAGCGGGGUGAUGGUUUAUGGACGAUAUGAUCAGUUCCUGCGGGAAGUUCUCAAACUACCCACAGCAGUUUUUGAAGGCCCUUCAUUUGGUUACACAGAACAGUCAGCUAGAUCCUGUUUCUCUCAACAGAAAAAGGUCACCUUAAAUGGUUUCCUGGACACGCUCAUGUCUGACCCUCCCCCCCAGUGUCUGGUCUGGCUGCCCCUUCUGCAUAGACUGGCAAAUGUGGAAAAUGUCUUCCAUCCGGUUGAAUGUUCUUACUGCCACAGUGAGAGUAUGAUGGGAUUCCGCUACCGAUGCCAACAGUGUCACAAUUACCAGCUCUGUCAAGACUGCUUCUGGAGGGGACAUGCCGGUGGUUCCCAUAGCAACCAGCACCAAAUGAAAGAGUACACAUCAUGGAAAUCCCCUGCUAAGAAGCUAACUAAUGCAUUAAGCAAGUCUCUGAGCUGUGCUUCCAGCCGUGAACCCUUGCACCCCAUGUUCCCUGACCAGCCUGAGAAGCCACUCAACUUGGCCCACAUUGUUGAUACGUGGCCUCCCAGACCUGUAACCAGCAUGAAUGACACCCUCUUCUCCCACUCUGUUCCUUCCUCAGGAAGUCCUUUUAUUACCAGGAGGUUACCUGAGGGGCUAAGUGCAUCCAGCCCUGGGGCUGAGGAGCAUUCGCUCAUAAAGCUGUAUGUAGAUCAGCUUGACCACGGCACACGCUCUCCUCCCAAGGACAGUGAAGUAGAGCAGAACAAACUGCUGGCUAGGGCUGCUCCGGCUUUUCUGAAGGGAAAAGGGAUACAAUACAGCCUGAAUGUGGCAGACAGGCUAGCUGAUGAACAUGUUCUCAUCGGGUUGUAUGUCAACAGGCUCCGGAACAACCCAUCAUGUAUGCUUGAGAGUUCAAACCGGCUUGAUGAAGAACACAGGCUGAUCGCCAGGUACGCGGCAAGACUGGCAGCAGAGUCCACUUCGUCUCAGCCGACUCAGCAGAGAAGUGCUCCUGACAUCUCUUUCACCAUUGAUGCAAAUAAGCAACAGAGGCAGCUGAUUGCAGAGCUAGAAAACAAGAACAGAGAAAUCUUACAGGAGAUCCAGAGGCUGCGGCUAGAACAUGAACAAGCUUCUCAGCCCACUCCAGAGAAGGCUCAGCAAAACCCCACUCUGCUGGCAGAGCUCCGGCUCCUCAGACAGCGCAAGGAUGAGCUGGAACAGAGAAUGUCUGCUCUCCAGGAGAGCCGGAGAGAGCUAAUGGUCCAGUUAGAAGGUCUCAUGAAGCUACUAAAGGAAGAAGAACUGAAGCAGGGAACCCAGGGGGCAGGCUCUCCUCGCUCGUCCCCCAGCCACACCAUCAGCAGGCCCAUCCCCAUGCCUGUGCGGUCUGCCUCGGCCUGCUCCAGCCCGGCCCACACGCCCCAGGACUCCCUCACCGGGGUAGGGGGAGACGUUCAGGAGGCCUUUGCACAAAGUUCAAGAAGAAAUUUAAGAAAUGACUUACUAGUAGCAGCAGAUUCUAUCACUAACACCAUGUCCUCUCUCGUGAAAGAGCUGAAUUCUGAGGUGGGAAGUGAAACAGAGAGCAACGUGGAUUCUGAAUUUGCGCGGACUCAGUUUGAGGAUCUGGUCCCAUCGCCAACCUCUGAAAAGGCUUUUCUAGCGCAAAUCCACGCCCGGAAACCUGGGUACCUCCACAGUGGUGCUACCCCCAGCACCAUGCGCAGCGAUGGGGUCACAGAAGAUGGGGACCCCUAUGUGCGGCCAGAGGAUGAGAACUAUGAAAAUGACUCGGUCCGGCAGCUGGAGAACGAGCUCAAGAUGGAAGAGUACCUGAAACAGAAGCUGCAGGAUGAAGCCUACCAGGUCAGCUUGCAAGGUUGAAUACAAUAUCCUUUUAUCACUCUCCUUUCAAGUGUUUCUAUGUUCUAUGUGAUAAAAUAUCCUCCUUCCCUGCUGAUAUCAAAGAAUCAUCCGGCCUAUGGAAGCAUUUCAUUAUAAUCCAGUGGAGAUUUGGGAGACCACCUUGGGAAUUGACUUUUUACUCUAUUAAUUAGGAAAAUUGGCACAGAAACUUCUAUAACACCAGAGAUGCCCCCCAGAAAUCCUCUGGGGCGAUGAUGCCUCAUCACCAGUCCCUAAGAGCGCCUGAGUUGGCAGCUUCUCUGUCGCUUGAGAAGGAAAAGUCCAGGCGUGCUCAGCACAUCCAGAGAUGGGCCAGCCUCAGAGUCGUGCUGUAUUCAGGACCCAGAGAUCAAAAGUGAAGGCCAAACCUCAUAUUAUUAAAGAAAACAAAAGAAUCAAAACAGAGAGGAAAACUUCUGCAGCCUUAUAUUUUUGUGGAAUUCAACAAGAUACAGCUUAAUUUAUUUAAAGUAUCAUUUAUGUGGCAUGUGAUUCCCCCUCCCGGGGACCUACCUACAUACAUGGAGAAGCCUCAGUAAUGUGUUUAAUGUAGAGAGACUAGCACCUGACUGGCAGGACCUCUUGAGUGGAGGGGUCUGAAGCUUAGACCCUGGACUCUGACAGGCCUGAUUUCAAACAGGGGUUCCACCAAACCGUGGCAGCGUAAAUAACCCUGACAAAUUAUUAAAUCUCUAUAAACCUCUGUUGCCUCCACACAACGUGUUUCACAGCGGAGUUGUCCUCACUGGGAGGUAGUUUAUAAGGAGCUUAACAUGGUGGCAGACACACCAUACUUUAAUAUGAGCACACACAUACGUGCCUAGGCACUAUGCUUUACAAGUGAUUCAAUCUGGGGGAGCUGCUAUAGUUAUUAUGUAAGUGUAUGGGACCCUUCCUGGGACUCACAACUAGCUUGCUCUGUAUUUUUUUUUUAAGAUUUUAUUUACUUAUUCAUGAGAGACACAGAGAGAGAGAGGCAGAGACACAGGCAGAGGGAGAAGCAGGCUCCAUGCAGGGAGCCCGAUGCGGGACUCGAUCCCGGGUUCCCAGGAUCACACCCUGGGCCAAAGGCAGCGCUAAACUGCUGAGCCACCCAAGCUGCCCUUGCUCUGUAUUUUUAUAAACUCAGCUAUGUGCAGUGACUUUAUACACCUUUUGCUACACUGUCUCAUAAGUCUAGAUGGUUUCUCUGGCUCCAGCUAAUGGCCAUUUAGCUGCCCCACAUUACAGUUCAGAGUAAAUACCCCUCUCACCGUCUCUGGCUGUAGGGACCCAAGGACUUGUAUCUACUUUGGUGAUACAGUCUUUCCCAACCACAACCACACUUAUAGUACAGCUGGUAGGAAAGUCAACUCUGGCUGUUAAAUUGAAAAAAGUAUAUAUAUAUAUACACACACACAUAUAUAUACAUAUAUACAUAUAUAUAUAUAUAUAAAAUGACAAAUCAACUUGCACAGAAUAUAUCCUAGCUCAUGCAUUACUGACCUCCGUCCUCAGGUUAGUAUGAAGCAGGUAGAUAUCAUGGCAUAACUGCUUUAGGAAAUAUACUUUAUGAGCAAUGAGGCCUUUUUGGUGUGAAAAGAAGGACCUAACUGACUAUAUUCUAGUCUCUGUCCCUUGGAUUUGAGAAUGCCACACCACGUGCAUUCAUUAUGACCACGGUGAAAAAAAUUCCCAGGAGCUGUUUCUGAAAACAUCGACUCCUGUUACAACAAAUCUAGUCCGAAAGAAGCAAGCCUCCCCUUUAAGAGCAUUUUUUUUCUCUUAGUGCCAGCAAUGGGAUCAUUUCUAUUCUGCAUAUUAUUUAAACAUCAGUCACUAGUUCUUAGAAAAAAAUAUUUUUUUCUAAACAAACUAACGAAAUGUCCUUGACAUAAACUCACAUAAGAAGUGGCAGUUGGUUCUUCUACCUAAAAGCCAAAGAUUUCAGUACUCUAAAAGUUCUUAGGCCACUGUUUUAAUCUUUUGUUGUCAGUUUGGCAGUGGAAAACUGAAACCAUUGUGGCCUCUGCCAUUUACUACAUCACAUACCUAUCGAGCUGACAUUCCACAGGACUCUAAACAAGAAUUAGGGGAGGAUCCUAAUUCUCAAAAUCUAAACAAGAGCCUAUCACUGGAUCAGCCACUCAGGCAAAAUGUAUUUAAAACCUUAUGGGUCAAUCUAGAAGCCAGUGGCUUCUCAUCUGAAAUCUUGGAACAGUUUGUGCUACUGAGAUCGAUUUGUUUGGGCUUUCUGAUCCUGUGGCAGGACCAGAAAUUGCCCCAGAGCUCUGAUCUCUUAUCCAAGGGUCCAGAAGCCAACUUCAACCCUGCAAGUCAAUUAGGUGUCCACCAGAGCAGAGCCCUACAUGAGUAAGGGGCAGAUGGUGGGACCCCAGAAAAAUAGAAGACCCUUCCUCUGCUCAAAAAGAACUAUUUAAAGAUAAGUAUGCACUCAGCAGUUCAGGAGCCAAUAGAGGAAAACCUUGCCUUUCAACUAGCCUCUUUGGAAGAAAUAUAGUGUAUGUAAUAUUUAACACUAAAUUCAAGAAUCCACCAAAACUCCAUUUUGGCAGACUCAAAUCUUGGAUUUGUUUCUUUUCCAUCCCUCUCUCCACAUGGGACACCACUCUCCUUGGCCAGCCACAUCCUAACUUCAGAAACUGGAGGCUUGGACAAUCGAAAGUGAAUUUUUUUUUCUAAUUACAUUGGCAUCUCAGUGGGAGGUUAGUGGUCUCAUCUGCUUGUCAGUUGAGGACAGCACAAAUAUUUCUGUUUUGUAUGCUUUAAGCCUUCAGAUGCCUCAAGUACCCGUUAAGCAAGAGAUUCAACACAGAGGAUUCCCAUCCUCCCUUUCCGAAGGAGCAAUAGCACAUGGUGUCCCAGGACACCUGUUCUCAAUGGUCGGAGGAAGGGAGGAGAGAGAGUGUGAAUAUGUGCGUGUUGGGGGGACGGGGAUGAUCCUUAUUCUCAAAAUCCUAUUCUCAAAACCCUAAUUUAGAGAAUAGUUUUCAUCUUUAAAACAAAAUGACACGUUCCUUAUUCCCAGGCAAGCUAUAGUCAGACAGAUGAUGAAGGGAACACGAAAGCUGGUGAUGAAGGAGAGCCCCGCACCCACCCACACAGAGAAGAAGACACCGCCUGGCAGCAGCUUCAGCGCAGAGAGGAGCCGCCACACGCAGCAGCUCCUGACACACCCCUACCCCUAGAGACGCUCUGCCGACUAUAGUGCAGCUAACUUUUCAUUCUAAGAUUUGUAGUUCAUAGGUGUGUGUUUUGAGAAGGAAAAAAAAAAAAAGACUUCUGACUUCUGUUCAAAGCUAACUUACAUCUUCUGUAACAUGGCUCAUC